AUGGCCGACACAGACUCAACAACAACUGCCCCUUCCAGUAUCCAGAUCAAUGUCAAGGGGCCGAGCGAGCUGAAGCUCCAGAUUGAUAUUUCGACGGACAAGACCGUGCGCGAGCUCAAGCAGGCUAUCGCGGACAAGUCGGACGUCGAAGCCGACAGGCAACGGCUCAUCUACUCUGGUCGCGUAUUGAAGGAUGACGACGCGUUGAGCACGUACAAGAUCCAGUCGGGCCACACCAUCCACAUGGUCAAGGGCGCCGCCCGCGCAGGCGGCGCAUCGGGCACACCCGCCGCGUCGACGACCAGCCAGCCGCUCCCGCAGAUGCAGACAGGGCAGAACGUGCACGACCCGCUCUCGCAACUGAACUCGCACCUCGCGUUCGGCCAGAACCUGUCCGGGUUCAACCCGUUCCAGGACAUGGGCGUGAACCCGAACGACCCGAAUAUGAUGGCGAACAUGCUCAACUCGCCCGAGUUUAUGCAACAGAUGUCGAGCGUCCUCUCAAACCCACAGAUCAUCGACCAGAUCAUCCAGUCCAACCCGCAGCUCCAGGCCAUGGGGCCCCGCGUACGCGAGAUAUUCCAGAGCGAAGGGUUCCGCCAGAUGCUCUCGAACCCCGAAGCAAUGCGCAACAUGAUGCAGAUGUCCGCCAUGAUGAACGGCGGCGGGCUCGGCGGCCCUCAGCCAGGCGCCGGCGGCCUCGGCAACCUAUUCGGCGGCGGUGCCGGCGGAGCAGCAUCGUCCUUCCCCGCACCCGGCGCCCACUCAGGCGCACCAGCAGCCGACGGCGCCGCGAGCGCUACAACCGGCACUACCGGCACCACUCCUGGUGCGGGCGCAGGCGGGUUUCCUAGUAUGGACCCGAACGCGCUGGCCCAGCUGUUAGGUGGGUUUGGAGGCGGAUCGCAGGGCGCGGGUGGGGUUGCUGGUGCGAACGGUGCUGGCGCGGGUGCUGGGUUUGGCGGGUUUAACCCGUUUAUGUUUGGGGGGUUGGGUGGAUUGGGUGGGGGGUUGGGCGGGCUUGGUGCGGCUGGUUCGCCGCCUGCGCCUGCGGCCAACUUGCCGCCACCAGAGGAGCGUUUCCAGGUCCAGUUGCAGCAAUUGCAAGACAUGGGCUUCACGAACGCGCAACAGAAUAUCCGCGCGUUACUAGCCACCGGCGGCAACGUGCACUCCGCGAUCGAACUUCUCUUGAUUCUUGGGAGGAAUCGUGCCCUAGUCGUUGUAAUUCCAUGUACUAUCUUACGCAAUCAAACCCGUGUACAAAUCUCACAAUAUCUGAGUCCAUUUGACGUGCGCCAGUCUGAUUUUGGGCGCGGUGUUUACCUGUUGCAGGUGUGUCUGGGCUCGGCCGCGGUCGACGCGUACGGGAUGUGGUGA